GUUUUCUGCGAUUUAAUGGGCGAGAACAGAGCGACAGUUCAGUUGGCGACGCGCGCUCCCUGCCACCGUGUGUUCCCAUAUAGUAUCCCGGGCUCCAGCGUCCCUCGCGCAUGGACCCGCACGCGCUCGAUAACGCAGCUUACUCAUGAUAUGACUCAGUCUCGUGAGGUUUUGGCGAUGAUGGACGCACAUACAACCACAUUCGGGCGCAAAAGAGGCUGCACAAUUUCUCGAUGUGGCGCUUUCCUCCUAGGCUCGAUAUUCCUAAUCAGCUUGGUCAUCACUGGUUCAUUGGUGUACCUAUAUUUUGCACCUUGCCUCGAGGAGAAACAACAUGUUCAACCUUGCACGAGUUCUGGUGGCGAUUCAUUCUUACAGAGCGGGAGGAGUUUUCCGACAGUGCCAACAAAGAAGAAAUUGGAUGUCAGAUUACCAAAGGCUGUCUUACCUGAUUUGUACGAAUUAUGGCUGAUUCCCUUCAUAUGGGAGGGCAACUUCACUUUUCAUGGCGAGGUAAAAAUUUUGGUAAAUGUGACAAAGGAUACGGACAAUGUUACAUUGCACGCUGUCGACAUGAAAAUCGAUGAGGACUUUACGAGUAUCAGAGAGUACUCAGCUAACAAUGAGAGCAGUAAGGCCAAAGUAAUCGGGAUCGUGGAGCAGAGAAAUGACACAGACAGGCAGUUCCUCGUGAUUAGAACAUCGAACACGUUGAGAAAAGGCAAGCAAUACGUCGUGCAUCUCAAGUUCAUUGGCCAUCUGAACGACUAUCUGCAAGGUUUCUACAGGAGCUCGUAUACGGUCGGCAAUCAGACGAGAUGGAUUGCUACGACUCAGUUUCAACCAACGGAUGCGCGCCGCGCUUUCCCGUGUUUCGACGAACCAGCUUUGAAAGCCAAGUUCCAAAUCAACAUAGCACGUCCCAAGAACAUGACAUCUAUUUCGAAUAUGCCCAGAAAAGGGGAACCAAUGCCAGUGCCCGGCUUAGAUACAUACCUAUGGGAUCAUUACGAGCGUUCGGUACCAAUGUCUACGUACUUAGUGGCUUUUAUAGUUUCCGACUUUGAUGUACGGAAAUCGGAAGAUGGUAACUUUAGAGUUUGGGCGCGUCACGAUGCCAUUAAUCAAUCACAAUAUAGCUUAGAUAUUGGACCAAAAAUACUCAGAUACUACGAGGAUUACUUCAAGAUCACAUUCCCAUUGCCGAAGAUGGAUAUGGUCGCGUUGCCUGAUUUCUCCGCCGGCGCUAUGGAGAACUGGGGAUUGAUAACAUAUAGAGAGACAGCGAUGUUGUAUCAGAAAGGCAUAUCGACCAGCGGUAGCAAGCAACGGGUAGCCGUCGUAAUAGCUCAUGAGCUCGCGCAUCAGUGGUUUGGAAACUUAGUGACUCCAAGUUGGUGGACAGAUCUUUGGUUGAACGAAGGUUUUGCCAGUUAUAUGGAAUACAUUGGCAUGAAUGCGGUGGAACCGACGUGGAAAGCGUUGGAACAAUUCGUCGUCCACGAUCUUCAAAAUGUAUUUAGUUUAGACGCUUUAGAAUCAUCCCAUCCCAUAUCCAUUGAAGUCGGCCAUCCGGAUGAAAUUAGUGAAAUAUUUGACAAGAUAUCUUAUGGAAAAGGUGCUUCCAUAAUAAGAAUGAUGGAUCAUUUUCUCACAACAGAAGUUUUCAAGAAGGGUCUAACUAAUUAUUUAAAUGGAAAAGCUUAUCAAAGUGCUGAGCAAAAUGAUUUGUGGCUUGCUUUGACCAAACAAGCUCACAAAGACAAGGUACUUGAUUCAAGCGUAACUGUUAAAGAAAUAAUGGACACUUGGACUCUGCAAACCGGUUUUCCUCUCAUUACUGUCACACGAGCCUACAAUAACGGUAGCAUUAUACUGACACAGGAACGCUUUCUGCUUCGUAAUAGCGGCACGACGGUUACAUUUGACAAGUCGGAACCAUUGUGGUGGGUACCCAUCACUUAUACGAGCGAGAAGCAAUUAAACUUCAAUAAUACUCAACCCAUGAAAUGGAUGAAAGCUGAACGCUCGAUUAUCCUUAACGAUUUGGAUGUGAGCCCAUCUCAGUGGGUACUUUUCAACAUUCAAGAAACGGGAUACUAUAGAGUGAAUUAUGAUAGAGCAAAUUGGCAGAUGAUAAUCAAACAAUUGAAUAAGCAGAAUUUCAAAGAUAUCUCGACGAUUAAUCGAGCACAGUUGAUUGAUGACGCUCUUAACUUAGCUAGAGCUGGCAAACUUGAUUAUACCAUUGCUUUUGAUGUUACAUCUUACUUGGCCCAUGAAAUCGAGUAUUUGCCUUGGAAAGCAGCUUUCAGUGCCAUGGAUUAUCUUAAAGAUAUGUUACUCAAAACAGAUGGCUAUGAUACAUUUAGACUAUACGUAUUAAAAUUGCUCGACAAUGUGUAUAAGCAAGUUGGCUUCAUUGACAAAAUGGGAGAUCCUCAAUUGACCGUCUUCACUCGAAUUGACGUUCUAAAUUGGGCGUGUAACUUUGAUCAUGAGGAUUGUGUUAUGAAUGCCGUACAACAAUUUAAGGAUUGGCGUAACACUCCUAAUCCAGAAAUUAACAAUCCAAUUUCGCCGAACUUGAAGAGCGUGGUUUAUUGCACGGCCAUUCGAGUAGGUGGGCAGAGCGAUUGGGAAUUCGCUUGGCAACAGUACCAAAGAACUAAUGUAGGAUCAGAGAAGGAUCUGCUCUUACAGGCAUUAGCCUGUACAAGAGAGGUAUGGCUGUUGAAUCGAUUCUUAGAUUGGGCUAUCAAGGAGAAUUCAGGAAUCAGGAAGCAGGACGCCACCCGAGUUUUCGGAUCGGUCGCAAAUAACAUUGUCGGGCAGCCACUCGUGUUUAAUUACUUCAGAAACAAAUGGAGGCACCUUAGAGAAUAUUUUGGGCAGUCGCUAUCGACUGUCAAUAACAUCAUAAAGUCAGCAACAGUAGGAAUAAGUACAAGAUACGAAUUGAAAGACUUGGUAGAAUUUGCAAAGGAACACUUAGAUGAACUUGGUACCGCAACGCGAACUAUACAGCAAGUGAUAGAACGUUCGGAAUCCAACAUACGAUGGAUCGACAACAAUCAAGUGACGAUUCUCGAUUGGCUGAAGAGAAACACCGCGUACUUUAAGGUUCUGACGACGAUGGACGCGCGAACAACUACAUUCAAAAACAAAAGUGACUGUUCGAUUUCCUGGCGUGGUGCUAUCUUCCUGGGCGUUUUUUUCCUGAUCGGCUUGUUCGCUACUGGUUUAUUGGUGUAUUACUUUGCACCUUGUCACCAAGUUCAGACAUGCUCUGGCUCAAAGACCGAAGAAGGUUUCUCGAAUCUAACAACGAAAAAAAUAGAUGUGAAAUUACCAAAAGCUAUUGUGCCCGAGUUGUACAAGUUAUGGCUGAUACCUUUUAUAUGGGAGGGCAACUUCACUUUUCAUGGCGAGGUCCAUAUUUGGAUAAACGUGACAAUGGAUACGUAUAAUGUUACAUUGCAUGCUGUUGACAUGAAGAUUGAUGUAGAUUUUACAAGUAUUAGGGAACAAUCGGCUAAUAGGAGCAACGAGAUCAAGAUCGCGGAACAAAAAAAUGAUACUGAUCGACAAUUUUACGUGAUUAGAACAUCAGACAGAUUAAAGAAAGGCAAGCAAUACGUCGUGCAUCUCAAGUUUAUUGGUCAACUGAAUGAUGACUUGUACGGUUUCUACAGAAGCUCGUAUAUGGUCGGUAACCAGAAGAGAUGGAUUGCUGCGACUCAAUUUGAACCAACAGAUGCACGUCGUGCUUUCCCAUGUUUCGAUGAACCGACUUUGAAAGCCAAGUUUCAGAUCACCAUAGCGCGUCCCAUAAAUAUGACAUCUAUUUCGAAUAUGCCUAGAAAAUGGGACCCGAUUCCAGUGCCUGAUCUGGACAUGUAUGUGUGGGAUCGUUAUGAGAGUUCAGUACCAAUGUCCACGUAUUUAGUAGCCUUUAUCGUUUCCGACUUUGACGUACGGAAAUCAGAAGAUGGUAACUUUAGGGUUUGGGCGCGCCACGAUGUCAUUGAUCAAUCACAAUACAGCUUGCAAAUUGGACCGAAAGUACUCAAAUACUACGAAGACUAUUUCAAGAUCAAGUUUCCUUUGCCAAAGAUGGAUAUGGUCGCGUUACCUGAUUUCAACGCCGGUGCUAUGGAAAAUUGGGGAUUAAUAACGUAUAGAGAAACAGCAAUGUUGUACGAAGAAGGCACAGCGACCAAUGAAACCAAGCAGGAAAUAGCAAUGACGAUAUCUCAUGAGCUCGCGCAUCAAUGGUUUGGAAAUUUAGUGACUCCAAAAUGGUGGACGGAUCUUUGGUUAAAUGAGGGUUUUGCCAGUUAUAUGGAAUUUAUUGGCACGAAUGCAGUGGAACCAACAUGGAAAAUGCUGGAACAAUUUGUCGUUCUUGAACUUCAAAAUGUAUUUGGUUUAGACGUUUUGGAAUCUUCCCAUCCCAUAUCUGUUGAAGUUGGGAAUCCAGAUGAAAUUAAUGAAAUUUUUGAUGAGAUUUCUUAUAGUAAAGGCGCUACCAUAAUAAGAAUGAUGGACCACUUUCUCACUGCAGAAGUUUUCAAGAAGGGUCUGACCAAUUAUUUAAAUAAAAAAGCUUAUCAAAAUGCUGACCAGAAUGAUUUGUGGUAUGCUUUGACCACUCAAGCUCAUAAAGACAAAGUCCUUGACCCAAAUGUAACUGUUAAAGAAAUAAUGGAUACUUGGACUUUGCAAACCGGUUUUCCUCUAGUUACUGUAUCACGAAACUAUAAUGAUAGUAGUAUUACUUUAACACAGGAACGUUUUCUGCUUGACAAUAACAACACAAUUACAUCUAAGUCGGAACCAUUAUGGUGGAUACCUAUUACUUAUACAAGUGAGAAACAAUUAAAUUUUAAUAACACUCAACCCACAAAAUGGAUGAAAGCGGAACGUUCAAUCAUUCUUAAAAAUUUAGAUGUGAGUCCAUCUCAGUGGGUACUUUUCAAUGUGCAAGAAACUGGGUACUAUAGAGUGAAUUAUGACAUAGAAAACUGGCAAAUGAUAAUUAAACAAUUGCAUAAGAAAAAUUUUACAAAUAUCUCGACAAUUAAUCGAGCACAAUUGAUCGAUGAUGCUCUUAACUUAGCUAGAGCUGGUAAGCUCGAUUAUACCAUUGCUUUUAAUGUUAUUUCUUAUUUGAUUCACGAAACCGAAUAUUUGCCUUGGACAGCAGCUUUCACAGGCAUGAACUAUCUCAAUGAUAUGCUAAUCAAAACACGAGGAUAUGAUAAAUUCAGAUUAUACAUAUUAAAACUACUCGAUAGUGUAUACAAGCAAGUUGGUUUUAUUGACAAAGUGGAAGAUUCUCAGCUGACAAUUUUCACCCGAAUUUACGUUCUAAAUUGGGCAUGUUACUUUAAUCAUGAAAAUUGCAUUACGAAUGCCAUGCAAUACUUUAAGCGUUGGAGUAACAUGUCUAAUCCAGACGAUAGCAAUCCGAUUCCGCCGAACUUAAAGAGUGUGGUUUAUUGCACGGCGGUUCGAAUGGGUGGACAAAGCGAAUGGGAAUUCGUUUGGCAACGAUACUUAAAAACUAACAUAGCCUCAGAAAAAAAUCUAUUUUUGGAAGCAUUAGCGUGCACAAGAGAGAUAUGGUUGCUGUACCGAUACUUAGAUUGGGCUUUUACAGAAAACUCAGGAAUCAGAAAGCAGGAUGCAAUUCAAGUUUUCGGAUUAGUCGCAUACAACGUUGCUGGGCAACCACUUGCGUUUAAUUACUUUAGAAACAAAUGGGCGCAUCUUAGAAAAUAUUUUGGAAUGUCAACGCAAAGUAUUAAUGCUAUCAUAAAAUCCGCAACAAGGAAAAUAAGUACAAUACAUGAAUUAAAAGACUUGACUGUAUUUGCAAAAGAACAUUUGACUGAACUUGGUGCAGCAACGCGAACCACGCUACAAAUGAUAGAGCUUGCAAAAUCUAACAUACAAUGGUUAGACAAGUAUCAUGGGAAGAUUUAUGAUUGGUUACAGAAGAAGAUCGUGUAAUGCUCGACACUAAUAGAAAAUUAUUUGAUUCUCUUCUGUAAUGUCAAAUUGUGAGUGAGUUGAGUUUAAUGUUUCAUAUGUUUGAUAUUUGGUCGAAUUUAUCGUAUUGCCAAAGUGACUCGUUGUACAUAACAAAUUAUAAAUGGAAUACAAAGAGCGAAAUUGCAUAAUAGUUUAUAAUUGAAUUGUACGAGAGUAUCAUGUAUUUAUAAAUGUAUUUGUACAUUUAUAGUCAACAAUGCGGAGUGACGCGUUUUGGGUGUGUUCAAAUUUUUGAUUAUGUCUAAAUAUUUGAAUAAAUAUGCAAAUGGUCAUAAAAUUAA